AGUCCACACCUCCCUCAACCAUGGCCGAAACUGGUAAACUACACAUAGUUAUGUUCCCAUGGUUAGCUUUCGGCCACAUGCUCCCCUUCCUCGAGGUCUCAAGGCUCAUCGCCCAAAAGGGUCACAAAAUCUCCUUCGUAUCCACUCCUCGAAACAUCGAUCGCCUCCCAAAAUUUCCUCCAAACGUAGCUCCUCUCAUCAACUUCGUAAAACUUCCUCUACCCCAUGUCCAAAACCUCCCCGAAAACGCCGAGUCCACCACCGACCUACCUUACCACAUGGUCAAGUACCUCAAGAGAGCCUAUGAUCUCCUCCAACAGCCAUUGACAAGCUUUCUUGAAGCUUCUUCUCCUGAUUGGGUUAUCUAUGACGUGAUACCUUAUUGGGUAGGUGCAAUUGCAGCUAAGCUACACAUUUCAAGUGCUUUAUUCUGUAUCUUCAUUGCCUCUUCUAUGACUUAUGUCGGACCAGCUUCACUCUUGCUGGAACCUCAAAACGAUUAUCGGAAGAAGCCGGAGGACUUCACAGUCCCGCCCAACUGGAUUCCGUUCAAAUCAACAGUUGCUUAUCGACUCUUUGAGAUUAUGCGAGUUUUCGACGAACUGGAAGGAGACGGCGAAGGCGGCGUUCCGGGUGUGUAUCGGUUAGGAAAGAGCAUUGAAGACUGUGAUGUGAUGACUCUGAGAAGUUCUUAUGAGUUUGAACCAGAGUGGUUGAGAGUUCUUGGAGAUAUUCACCGGCCAAAGCCGGUUAUACCAGUGGGUCAGUUACCGGCGAUAUCUUAUCAUGACAACGAUGAGGACCCUGCAUGGAGGGAAAUAAGAGAGUGGCUUGAUGAACAGAGUAAAGGGUCAGUGGUUUAUGUUGCAUUUGGGAGCGAGGCGAAACCGAGUCAAGCUGAACUCACUGAAAUAGCUCUAGGGUUGGAGCUAUCCGAGUUACCGUUCUUUUGGGUUCUAAGGAAGCGGCGAGGGAUGGCCGAUAUGGAGGUGAUCGAGUUGCCGGAAGGGUUUGCGGAGAGAACCAAAGGCCGUGGGUGGGUGUGCACAGGUUGGGCUCCUCAAUUUAAGAUACUGAGUCAUGACUCAGUGGGUGGGUUCUUGACUCACUCGGGUUGGAGUUCGGUGGUGGAGGGAAUACAGUUUGGGAUAGCUCUUAUACUAUUGACAUUUUUGGCGGAGCAAGGGUUGAAUGCUAGGGUUUUGGAAGAGAAGAGGAUGGGUUACUCCAUACCGAGAGACGAGCGAGACGGGUCGUUCACGAGUGACUCAGUGGCUGAGUCACUGAGGUUGGUGAUUGUAGAGGAAGGAGGGAAGAUAUUCAGGGACAAGGCCAAGGAGAUGAGAGGGCUGUUUGGUGACAGGAAUACACAAGACAAGUAUGUGGAUAAUUUGUUAGCUCAUUUUCAAAGUCACAAAAAAGGGGGACUCAAGAAGGAAAUUUAAGUGAUGCCAAUGCGGGUUAAGUUGUUUAAUUUCAAGCUAUAAAUGCAUGUAAGAGGAGUUAAUUAAUGAAUAAAUGAGAAUCAGUUUUCUGUUUUAUUUUUUUUUUCUUCUUCUGGAAUUUCGCUAGUGUCUUAAUCGUUAUACAUUAUAGGUUAAAGUACAAAAAAAUCAUCUUGAAUUAUGUUCGAAUUUACAAAUAACCUCUUUAAACUAUAUUUUGUGCAUGAUACCCACCUAAACUAUCACAUAUAGUUGCAAAAUGUCCCAAUGCCUUAACUAUUUUUUUUAUUAAAUAACCAUAAUGCACUUUCUUAUUGAAUUACACUUCGUCUUUUUUUUUAUUUUUUUUUAUUUUUAUUUUUUAUUAUUGAAAUAAAUUAUGUUAAAAAAUCAUAUUAAUUUGAUGAUAUUCUCCAUUAAAUUUGCAUAAAUUUACCUUUAAUUUUUUAAAAUUAAAUGUUUAAAUAAAAAUCUUAAGUAGAAAAUUUUAAAACAAUUAAAGUAAUUUAUUAAUUUUUCAU